AUGGCAGACCAAUUCGACAGUGCGCUCGAUCUCCUCCGACGCCUCAACCCAAAGAACACAGCCGCCAACCUCUCGGCCAUCUGCAGCCUGGUCCCCGAACAUGAGGAAGAACUGCUCGCCUCGGUAGAUCAACCUCUCGAAGUCCGUCGUUGUAAGAAGACUGGUCGCGACUACCUUCUCUGCGACUACAACCGUGAUGGCGACAGCUACCGCAGCCCCUGGAGCAACGAGUUCGACCCUCCUGUCGACGACGCCGAGAUGAGCUCCGAACGUGUCCGUCGCUUGGAAGUCCGCGCAAACGAAGCUUUUGAUGUCUACCGCGAGCUAUACUACGAAGGUGGUACCUCAUCAGUCUACCUCUGGAACCUAGACGAUGGCUUUGCGGGUGUCGUGCUGCUCAAAAAGUCAUCUUCCCAGACUGCUGCGUCGGGAGCUUGGGACAGCAUUCACGUUCUCGAGGUCGCCGAGCGUGGCCGCACCGCAAAGUACAAGCUCACAUCUACCGUCAUCCUGAACCUCGGCACAAAGGGUGAUGCUCUGGGCAGUCUCGAUCUCGCCGGGAACAUGACCAGACAAGUGGAAUCAGACAUGCCCGUCGAUGCCGACGAGACUCACGUCGCCAAUGUUGGCAAACUCGUCGAGGACAUGGAGCUGAAGAUGCGCAACUUGCUACGUGAGCACUUACUACAUGUCAAUACCAAACGUACAGUUACUAAUGCAUCACAAACAGAGGAAGUCUACUUCGGCAAGGCAAAGGACGUUGUUGGCGAUCUGAGAAGCAUACCGCCGCUCUCGGAAGCAAAUCGCGAAAGAGCAGCUCAACGUGAAAUGAUCAACAGCAUGGGCCGAUAG